AUGUCAUCCGAAAAAGAUAACUGUACAAUUUGUAUCGAUGAAAUCAAUUCCAAUGAAGCAGUCUCGUGGUGCACGGAAUGUGAAGUUUUCCUUUGUAAGGACUGUGAAAAACAUCAUAGGAAGUCAGGAAUAUCUGAAACGCAUAAAACAAUUUCUACUUAUGAGUACCACAAUUUACCCGAAUUUUUAAAAAAGAUAAGUAUUCAGUGUAGAGAGCACAAGAAGAAAUUAGAACUUUACUGUUCUGUCCAUGUGUGUGCCUGCUGUGUCCAGUGUUUUACUGAUAAACACCAGCAAUGUCAAGACAUGAAAACACUGUCAGACAUCCUAAAACAGUUUAAAUCAUCUUCCUUAGUUCAGCUUCCUGAACUGGAUUUAAAUGAUAUACAGGAAGACUUAAAAAAGAUUAAACUAUUCUUAAAACAACGGAUAAGUGUAUGCGAUCUUGAGAAAACAAAAGCAAUUGAGGAGAUUUUGUCUAUGAGAAAGUCGAUAGAUGAAUACCUUAACAGACUAGAAAAAGAACUGUAUGCUGAUUUAGAAUCUAAACACUUAUACAUGAAAACCAAAAUGAAAACUCUUCGUCAUCAAAUUAAACAACAAGCCCUUCAGAUAGAUCAACAACAAGACGUAUUUUUCAAAAUGAAAAAGUAUGCAAAUGAGCUACAAUUGUAUGUUGGUCUGAGAGAGAUAGAAAAAUCAGUUUCUGAAGCAAGGCAAUACAUAGACGACUUACCGACAAGAGGUUACCUAAAUGAACAAAACAUUGAGGUUGACAUCUCAUCUACUAUUAAAUCAAUUUUAGAAGAUGUUAAAAUAUUUGGAAAGAUCUGUAUCAGUGCUAGGCCAUGUACUUUACAAUUGAAGGCUGGAAGACGAGACCAAGCUCAGUAUUUAGCACCACAUUAUCCUGGAAUGGAAUUAACCAAGCCAUUAUUCAUAAGACCACUGAUAAUUCCAGAGAAAAUUAUCUCUUCACAGAUAUGUGCCUGUGUAAUAUUACCAGAUGGCAAAUGUGGAAUACUUGACUUUACUGGAAAACGUCUAUUGUUGUUCAACAAUGAAGGCAUCUUUAUGAGAAAAGUAUUGACAUUCGAAAGAAAUCCAUGGAAUAUGUGCUUUGUAAAACAAGAUACAGUGGCUGUCACAUUAGGAUUAGCAGGCCGAACAAUACUGGUAGAUAUAGAAGAAAAUAGAAUAAUCAAAACAAUUAAAAUUUGUCAUCCGUGUAACGCAGUAGCAAGUGAUGGUAAAAUUCUGGUUAUCUGCUCCGACGAAAUGGCCACUAUUGUGAAUCUGGAUGAUAUGUCUCAAACUAAAUUACCAAGAAAUGGAGCAGCUAGCAUAGCAUUAUUUGAAGGAAAUAUGUAUAGUACCAAUGAAAAAGAGGACAAAGUCUUCGUCAAAACAAGUGAAGGCGAAUAUCUCUGGAGUUAUCAACACCCUCAAAUUGAACAUCCACAAGGAAUUACACUAGACAAUAAUGGCUUUAUCUAUAUAGCUUGUAAUAGAAGCAACAGUAUCGAGGUAGUAUCACCAGUUGGUAAAACGAGUAGAACAAUACUAUCAGAAUCCGAUGGAAUCAAAUGUCCUGUAGGUAUAAAUAUCGACAGAGAAUCAGGACUAAUGAUAGUAUCUACUAUGAUAAGUGAUGAUAUGAAUGAUAGAUCAUACAGGACAGCUUUUGUUUAUAAGAUUUGA